ACUUCGUUUUAUUUAUUUGACUGGAGAGUUUGGCUUAAGAACCUGUUUCGAAGGUACUCGUGAAAAUUCAAAGUGAGAUCUGAAAGAAGAAAAAUCCAAAGACAUCUCGUCUCCUCUGAUCGCUCACGAUUCUUCCUGAAUUCUCCAUCCCCUGAGAAAAUGAUCCGAUUCAUAUUACUGCAGAACAGACAAGGUAAGACUCGUCUUGCCAAAUACUAUGUUCCUCUCGAAGAAUCCGAGAAGCACAAGGUCGAAUACGAGGUUCAUAGGUUAGUGGUGAAUCGUGACGCGAAAUUCACCAACUUCGUUGAGUUUAGAACACACAAGGUAAUAUACAGGCGUUAUGCUGGAUUGUUUUUCUCCGUGUGCGUGGACAUUACUGACAAUGAGCUGGCUUACCUGGAGAGUAUCCAUUUGUUUGUGGAGAUAUUGGACCAUUUCUUCAGCAAUGUCUGUGAGCUAGAUUUGGUGUUUAAUUUCCACAAGGUGUAUUUGAUACUCGAUGAAUUCAUUCUUGCUGGGGAGCUCCAAGAAACAAGCAAAAGGGCAAUCAUCGAAAGGAUGUCAGAACUCGAGAAGUUGGAGUGAUGAUGCUUAAUGCGUGCUUGUCCAUCUGUUUUUUCUCUUUCUUUCUUGGCGUGUCUGGAAGAUUAGCGAUGCUUCGGUGAGUUGCAGACAAAUGGUGGUGUUAAGAUUGUGAAUGACAUUGAAUGAUUCUGCUGAGAUCGUUCACCCAAAGUUUGUUUAUCUGUGAUUUUCAUUUCAACUAGUGAGGUUACUUUUCUAUCUAUCGCAGACCUUGAAUUCUGUAUAAAAUGUUUGUUUCGCAGAAAUUUUAUCACGCAUAUAGUACUGAGAAGAUACGAAACUUAGUUGAUAGUAA